AUGUUUCCUUUCCAAAGACUUAGAAAACUUAUAGGUUCAUCCGUAAUCGAUCAAGACGUAAGGAGUUCCUCAGGAAAGGAAGAGAUCAUGUCAAAUAGCCGAUUAGCACUUGUCAUUAUUAACCACGCCUUUGAUAAAGUAAUGUCUUGGACAUGGCAUUGUGGAAUUUUAUCAGAAAUAAGAUCAGGACUGAUGUUAAUGUUUAAUAUUUUCCAGUUAAUGUGUUCUUUGGGUGUGAUCAUAUUGCUGUUGCCCAUCAUCAUAUUAGACGCGAUCGAUCUAUUCCUUUAUGUGUGCCGGCUAGUUGAUUACGGUUGCAAACUAUUUCAUUAUAAGAGAUCAUCAUUACCGCCUGUGGCUGCUGCAAAAGAGGAAUCCAUUUUGAAUGAGUAUACAAGCUCGAAAGAAGAAAUAAUUAUUGAUGAAGAAAUAAUAAAUAUGCUAAAUGCAUCCUCAGAAUCAUUAAUGAAUCAUAUGACAGCUGGUUUGAAAUAUGAUACACAUUCAAGAAAUGCUAAUAAAUGUGGACGUUUGGAUUCAUCUAGUACAGUCACGUUUGUGGAUCGGAAUAACAUUAUUAGCAAAGGAGAGAAUAAUGCCUACCAUGAGGAAGAGGACGAUGAUUUCUUAUCAAAUCUGAACUAUGACAAAAUAUCAUUGAUCGAAAGAUCUUUUACGAGUCGUUUUGAGGUGGCUUGUGAGCAGAAAGCUGCUUGA